AAAUCGUUUGGCCUGAAUGUCCGCGCGAACGACGAUGGUCGCCGAGCGGGCGGUCGUUCAAUAAUCAAAAGAAUGCUACGGAAGCAAAGUCGCUACCGAAUUACACGGGCGCAACUUGUCGUUAGUGUAAUUUAAUCGGUUUGUACUUCCUUACUGACGGAUUGUCGUGUCUAAAAGGAGGAGGAGGAGUGUGAAAGGAAAAGAAGAAGGAAGAGAGUGAGGGGAAACGGCAGAGUUACGCGUCAGGUCACGAAAGAACGUGCGAUCGAAACGCGUCGAAGAGAGGGAGACAGGCCAAGAAAAAAAGGGAUAGAGUAGAAGAAGUGUGAGGGGGAGAGUACGAAAAAAGAGAGAGAGAGAGAGAGAGAGGGACAAAGGAAUCGAGGAAAACGGCGAAAAUAAGAGAACCCAAAUAUCGGUGUAGUUCGCAGAGCUUCCGGGCUUCGUGGGUGUUUUUACGCGUACGGCGUGGAUCGAUAGUUGUCUCGCGAGCUAAGCUCAACGGUUCUCCGUUCGACGAGGAGCGUGUGCCGGCGGCAACGAUUCGAGUUACCUCGAGAACGGUGAAUUCUCGAUUUGAAUCGAAAGAGAGAGGUUAUUUGCACGAAUCUCGGUACGCUAGUGAUUUAUGGGGGACUUUAGCGCGACGAGCCUCUUCUCGAGUAGCCUGACCAGCACGACGAAACCGUCGAUCGGGAACAGCGCGAGCACCGGCGUAACCAUAACGACGUCAACGAUGCAGGACGACCUCUUGAUCGAGAAGCAGGCCGGUGGCAAAGCUGCUCCGCUAUCACCGAGCAUUGGCCUGGAAAACGUGGCUGGUCAGGAGAAGGCGAAAGAAGUGGCGGAGGCUGAGAGUAUCGCGAUCACGGCGUCGACACCCUCCUCGAGCGAGAAAGAGAUUGCGUGCAGCACCAGCUCUGCACUCCAGGGCUUCUCCGAGGCGGGCAGGGUGCCCAGCCUUUGGUCCGCCCCGGACGACACCGGGCUGCACGCGUUACCGGUUAACGGGUCAAUUGCCGCCUUUCAGAAUUUCCCGACCGGCGGUCCGGCCGGUUUGUUCGCCGGUACCGGGGCGACCGUGUCGGCCGGAGCGCGCCGCGCGAUCACAGCUAGUCACAAUUUUCCUCAACAGCACGGCACCGCGACCACUCCCACCACUAGACACGGUCUCCAGGUCUCGUCGGCUCAGCAGCAACAGCAGCAGCCGCAGCAACAGCAGCAGCAGCAGCAACAGCAGCAGCAACAGCAACAGCAGCAGCAGCAGCAGCAGCAACAACAACAACAACAACAACAGCAGCAGCAACAUCAACAACAGCCACCGGCCACGUCGCAUCCGGGUGUUUAUCUACCGGGCAAAGGUUACGCGGCCUGGUCCGGUGGGCCGCAAGCACCUCAGCAAUGGGGCGCUGGACCACAGGCAGCCGCGGUCGCGAGUCCCGGCCUCUCGCCCUGGAACAGAGGCAGAUCGGUGCCGAACCUUCCUCCGUUGCACUCGUCCCUGCACGCCGCUGCCGCCGUUGCGGCCGCUGCUGGCCUGCAAAGCAGAAAACCGAGUCCCACGUUCCCCGGUCAUCCGGGACCAGCCGCUCAUCCAUCUUGUAUCAGCCCUGUAAAGUUUCGGCGGAGCACCUCGUAUCCGGGAAAGGGCAACAUUUAUCCGCCUCAACCUGCGCCCACUUUUGAAGUUACCACCGCUGAAGAUAGAGAUCUGCUACAGUUGCCACCGUUUCAGCAGGAUCGUAUGACGGCCAAUGGAAAUUCUCCGUUGGACAAUAUGAGGACGUUGGAGCACUAUUUGAGCGACAUCAUGCGCGGUGGUACAGCGGACACUCCGGACCACGUGAAAGGGUACAUGAACUGUAAUGCCAGCACGCUACAAUCGCUCGCGCAACUGCACGGUAAAUCACCGUUCUUCCCGAGCCUAGAAGACCAGAGCGGCACGCUUCUGGAAGAUCCUAACGCGGCGAGCCAGCUGGACGGGGUCGGGGUUGGUGUGGGUGUGGGUGUCGGUGUGGGUGUUGGCGUCGGAGUCGGUGUCGGUAGCGGCAUAACCGGGUCGCAGACGGCGCCGCUCUCGUCGCCGAGUCGCAGCAGCCCUCACAGCCAAGGCAGCGAAACCGGGGAACGCUUCUCUAGGAAAGUGUUCGUCGGUGGUCUACCACCGGACAUCGACGAAGAGGAAAUCAAAGCCAGUUUCCGCCGUUUUGGAUCGCUGGUCGUCGAUUGGCCCCACAAAGCGGAGAGCAAAUCCUACUUUCCACCAAAGGGCUACGCUUUCCUGCUUUUCCAGGAUGAGGCGUCCGUACAACAACUGAUCGACGCGUGCAUCCAAGACGAGGAGAAGUUGUAUCUGUGCGUGAGCUCGCCGACAACCAAGGACAAACCCGUGCAGAUCCGACCAUGGCGGCUGAGCGACGCGGAUUUCGUGCUGGACGCUUCGAUGCCGUUAGAUCCGCGAAAAACGGUGUUCGUCGGCGGCGUUCCACGACCAUUGAAGGCCGUCGAGCUCGCGAUGAUUAUGGACCGUCUGUACGGAGGCGUAUGUUACGCGGGCAUUGACACAGAUCCCGAGCUCAAGUAUCCCAAAGGGGCCGGUAGGGUUGCUUUCAGCAAUCAACAAAGCUACAUAGCUGCCAUAUCGGCCAGAUUCGUACAGUUACAGCACGGCGACAUAGACAAGAGAGUCGAAGUGAAACCAUACGUCCUAGACGACCAAAUGUGCGACGAGUGCCAGGGGCAACGUUGCGGAGGCAAAUUCGCGCCGUUCUUCUGCGCGAACGUUACCUGCUUACAGUACUAUUGCGAGCAAUGCUGGGCGACGAUUCACUCGCGACCAGGUCGGGAGUUCCAUAAGCCGUUAGUGAAGGAGGGUGCGGAUCGACCUCGACCCAUGCCUUUCCGCUGGUGUUAACCCCAGCUGCGUUGUCUCUAAUUAUCUCGCAACCCUAGCU